CUGACACUUCACUUCUACAGCCUCUACUGACCACCGAAAAUGAGCAGGAAUGCACUCUCUACCAAUCAGGAACUGCAUAAGGGGGACUAUCUGAUCUCUAAUGAUGGAAACCACAAAGCUAUCUUCCAGGAUGAUGGGAACUUUGUGGUUUACAGCAUGAAACCAGUUUGGGCUUCAGACACUUGGAACAAACCAGGAACUCGCCUCAUAAUGCAGGAGGACGGAAACCUGGUCAUUUACACCAAUGAUGGCAAACCUUUGUGGGCCAGUAACUGCUGGCAGAACAGUAAAACCCAGGACAACCGUCUGUCCAUCAACAAUGAAGGCAGCCUGAUCAUCCACAGGGGAGCCACAGUGCUCUGGACAGCUAAAAAAUAAAAACCUACCGUACACUCACACUUAUCCACUUAGAGUCGUAUGCAAAUGUUGGAACACUGCCAGUCAAAUUCCAUGUGUUUUUGAUUUUUCUUGUGAAAAUAAGGUAAAAUAUGAUCUAGAGUGAAAACACUUA